CUUCGACAGCCGGGAGCCGCGCGCAAGAGGACAGAGCGCGAGAGGCGGCGGUGCCUGCAACACUUCGCAUAAACUUUCUACAGCAUGGGAGACAAGAGGAGUCCGACGAGGUAAAACCAUAAACCACAAACUCCCCCAGGCCGAAACGACAAGCGAAGCCCUCCUGUGACGACGGCAACUGGGACUGCAGCGUGUGUACAUUCAAGAACAGCGCCGAAGCGUUCAAAUGCAUGAUGUGCGAUAUCAGGAAGGGCACGUCAACGAGGAAACCUCGUCCUGUUUCCCAGCUUGUUGCCCAGCAAGUCCCACCACAGUUUGCUUCACCCACACAGCCCAAAAAAGAGAAAAAGGAGAAGACCGAGAAAGACAAGAACGAGAGAGAACCAACACUGAAAAAGAAUAACCACAAGAAAAUGAGGCCCAGGUUAAAAAAUGUGGACCGGAGCAGCGCUCAGCAUCUGGAAGUGACAGUGGGAGAUCUAACAGUUAUCAUAACAGACUUUAAGGAGAAAACUAAGCCCUCUUCCGGUUCUUCCUCCAGUGCAGCAUUUGGAGAUCACCACAGUCAGAGCGGAUCCAACUCCGAUAACACAGAAAGGGGCAUCUCCAGAUCCUCAUCUCCACGAGGAGAGGGGUCCUCACUCAACGGGGAGUCUCACUAAGAACCCUUGGAUUAUGAAUGUUACUUGUAGUCAUCUGCAUUUAAUAUAUCCAUUUAGCCCGAACAGACACAGGAGCAAGUUUAUGUACGCUAAGACUUACCAAGACAGACUUAACAAUACAAGCCAUCUCUCACUACUACCACAACUAUAGGAUUUCCCAGGAUAUGGUUUUCCUGGUUUGUUACAAUGCCCAGUAGGUCAUCUUGAGAUAAACUGUAGAGUUUUUAAGCAACUUUGUGUACAGAAAAAAAUGAAAAUAAAUUGACAAUUCUCGAUUUUAUUUCUGUAUAGCAGCAACAUUAUGUGUAGUAUUAUGAAUCAGAUCACUGUUGUCUGUUCGGAUUUAGACAUUGACAUCAAGUCUUGUUCUCUUUACAAUCAUGGCAUCAUUUGUAAUCUUCUUUUAAAACACAAUCUGUAAUUGCUGCACAGUGCAGUUACACAGUGGUUGCAUUCUGGGAAUUAGCCCUGAGGUUAAAAUAUCUUUGUGGUUAAAAACAUGUUGAGUCAACUGGCAUGUUAUUGUGAACACAUUUACUUCAACAUUAGUGAAAUGUCAAUUGCAGCAGUUCCAUAUUGUAACUUUAAUACACAUCAAAUGCAUUAGGGGGUGAGCGUUAGGCCAUUUAUUAAUAACUGUGACAAAACAGCACUUCCUCGCUUAAUUUUUAAUUGCACCUGCUGGUACUUGGUUUGGUUUUUUGAAGCAGAAAUUCAUUGUUCGCCUAUUCAUGUCAUUUUGGACAUUCGUUAUGGUAUAUUGCACCACUUUUGCAGCUAGUUGUUCUACCAGCGCUGUUUUGUGUUAGAAUGUCUUUUAUAUAAUUCUGUUAAUUCCAAAAGACAACUUUUAUGACUUGAAAUGAAAAAUGUAUUUGUAAGAGGUUGACUUCAUCCCCUACUUAAUGAUGGACAGUGCUAUAUAAAUAUAUUGCAGUAUAGG